AUGGAGAGGAUGCUGGUGUUAACUGCACUGCAACAAGGUGUUUUUCUCUCAACAGACACAACACCCCAUCUCUCCAUCUUCCCGGCCCACUCUGCCUUCUCUCCUGGAGAGGACAUCGUCUUCACCUGCUCAGUCCCCUCCCAGUACAGAACUUCAGCCACAGUUCACCUCCACAGGUCUGGAGCAUCCAUCAGAUCUGAGACGAUUGGUUCAGGACAGUCCAGAAGCACCUUCACCCUGCCCAGUGUGGACUCAUCAAACCAGGGGAACUACAGCUGUCACUACCAGACUCAGAUCAAUGGCCAGACCAUCACCAGCCCCUACAGUGACUCAGUCAGCAUCAUCAUAGUGAGUCUUCCCCCGCCCAGCAUCUCCCUCACCUCCUCCCAGACCCUGCCCCUCUGGUGGACCCGGGGAUCAGAGAUCAGAGGACACAGCUUCUCCAUCACCUGCUCCGUCUCCUCCCAGUAUCCCGGAGGUUUCUUCUCUCUGCUCUCCUCAGGUUCCAGCAGAACCAACCCCCAGCCCGCCUUCAACCAGUCCGCCUCCUUCUCCUUCCCCAGCGCGGAGGACGCGCACCAGGGCAACUAUAGCUGUGUGUACAGGGUCAACGUCUCCGGGCGGAUGUUCUCCUCCAACUCCACUGAGGAGCUUUCAGUCACUGUCAGAGGUAAGGGAAGGAUGGCUUUGUUACCUGACACACCUGUGUGGAUUCCUUCUCCCUCCAAGGACCUUGGGAUGUGUGUUUUUUAGCAGUCGGUGUAAUUUAACCAGCUGCACUUCGUAUAGAACGAAUACUUUUGCGUUUGGAAAUGUGUUGUCUUCGUGGGAAGUCUAGCGAGAUGUUUGUGUGUCAUGAAUUACCGAAGCUUGGCAGGGGUCUGGUCGUGUGGAGGCUGUGUCUGGUGGAGUUUGAGAUGGUGG